AAUGUGUGGCUGCGAGUAACAGUAAACCGUUAAGUUGGCCACGCCAAUUACGAUUAACAUCAACAACUCAAGCCCCAAGCCCGAUUUGUGAACUGUGUGCGAGCAGAAGGGUAGCGGAAGCAGCCGCAAAUAUGUGUCCAAAGUUUUUGGCCAACAGCAAGUGGAAUUGAUUUUCGUUACGUUUUUUUCAUUUCAACCCGUUACACUCUCCAGCAAAAGUUAAGUAGAGGAGAAACGUACACACUCACACACACACCAACCCACACACACACACACACACACAGAAAAUGUUGAAUCCAUUGUGCCAGUGCCUUCUACUUCAGCUGCUGCUGCUAAUUGCGAGCAGCAUCAGCAGCCAGGAUGCUGUGACAAGCCAUUCGGAGCCGUUGUCCAGCAACAGCAAGAAGCAUCAGCAGCAGACGCAUUCGCACUCGAAUGCCAUCAUGGGCGAGGCGGGCGUCUCCAACUCGCAGCUGCUGCCGCCCUCGACGCCGGCACGCACAUUGCGCCCCAUUUCUGGCGGAGAUGCGGGCCUGUAUGAUGCGCCCGACGACUGCCACUUUAUGCCCGCUGCUGGCCUGGAGCAGCCCGAAAUUGCGCUCACCUGCAAUCUGCGCACGGUGAACAGCGAAUUUGAUACGACCAACUUUAGUGUGAUUCCCGCGGAGCACACGGUUGCUCUGCACAUCCUGUGCAACGACGAGAUCAUGGCCAAGAGCCGCCUGGAGGCGCAGUCGUUCGCCCACUUGGCACGCCUGCAGCAGCUGUCCAUACAGUACUGCAAGCUGGGCAAGCUGGGCCGCCAGGUGCUGGACGGGCUCGAGCAGCUGCGGAAUCUCACGCUGCGCACCCACAACAUUCUGUGGCCAGCGCUGAACUUUGAGAUUGAGGCGGACGCGUUCGCCGUGACCAAACAGCUGGAGAGACUGGACCUGAGCUCGAACAACAUCUGGUCGCUGCCUGAUAACAUAUUCUGCACGCUGUCCGCCUUGUCCGCCCUGAACAUGAGCGAGAAUCGCCUGCAGGAUGUCAAUGAGCUGGGCUUCAGGGAUCGCAGCAAAGAGACGGCCACGUCCACAGAGUCUAGCUCCAGCUCCACCACCGAGGCGGGCAGACGUGCUGCCAGCUCGUGCUCCCUCGACCUGGAGCUGCUCGACGUCAGCUUCAAUCACUUCGUGCUGCUGCCUGCAAACGGCUUUGGCACGCUGCGCCGCCUGCGUGUGCUGCAUGUGAACAACAAUGAGAUUUCGAUGAUUGCGGACAAAGCGUUGAGUGGCCUAAAGAACCUGCAGGUGCUCAAUCUGAGCUCCAACAAGAUUGUCGCCUUGCCAUCCGAGCUGUUCGCGGAGCAGUCCAAGACCAUACAGGAGGUCUAUCUGCAGAACAACUCCAUCAGUGUGCUCAGCCCUCAGCUCUUCUCCAAUCUGGACCAGCUGCAGGCACUCGACUUGUCCUUCAAUCAAAUCACCUCCACGUGGACCGACCGCAAUACCUUUGUGGGUCUUAUUCGCCUCGUCCUGCUGAAUCUCUCGCACAACAAGCUGACCAAGCUGGAGCCGGAAAUCUUCAGCGAUUUGUAUACGCUGCAGAUUCUCAACCUGCGCCACAAUCAGCUGGAGAACAUUGCCGCCGACACCUUUGCGCCCAUGAACAACCUGCACACGCUGCUCCUCUCGCACAACAAGCUGAAGUACCUGGACGCCUAUGCCCUCAAUGGUCUCUAUGUGCUCUCGCUGCUGUCCUUGGACAACAAUGCGCUGAUUGGCGUGCAUCCGGAUGCGUUCAGGAACUGCAGCGCUCUGCAGGAUCUCAAUCUCAAUGGCAAUCAGCUGAAGACGGUGCCACUGGCGCUAAGGAACAUGCGCCUGUUGCGCACCGUCGAUCUGGGUGAGAACAUGGUCACUGUGCUGGAGGAGAACGCUUUCAAAGGCCUGGGCAAUCUGUAUGGCCUGCGUCUGAUUGGCAACUACCUGGAGAACAUUACCAUGCACACGUUUCGUGACCUGCCCAGCCUGCAAAUCUUGAAUCUGGCGAGGAAUCGCAUUGCCGUCGUUGAGCCGGGCGCCUUCGAGAUGACCUCCAGCAUUCAGGCGAUUCGCCUGGACGGCAAUGAGCUGACCGACAUCAAUGGCCUCUUCAGCAACAUGCCCUCGCUGCUCUGGCUCAACAUCUCCGACAAUCGGCUGGAGAGCUUCGACUAUGGCCAUACGCCCAGCACGCUGCAGUGGCUCGACUUGCACAAGAAUCGCCUGAGCCUGCUAUCGAAUCGCUUUGGGCUCGAUGCGGAGCUGCGCCUGCAGACGCUGGACGUCAGCUUCAAUCAGCUGCAGCGCAUUGGCCCCGCCUCCAUACCCAACUCCAUUGAGCUGCUCUUCUUGAACGACAAUCUCAUAACGACCGUGGACCCGGACACCUUUAUGCACAAGGCGAAUCUCACUCGCGUCGAUCUGUAUGCGAAUCAGAUCAACACGCUGGACAUCAAGUCCCUGCGCAUCCUGCCCGUGCACGAGCAACGAGCCUUGCCCGAGUUUUAUAUCGGGGGCAAUCCCUUCACCUGCGACUGCAACAUCGACUGGCUGCAGAAGAUCAACCACAUCACAUCGCGGCAGUAUCCACGCAUCAUGGACCUGGAGACCAUCUACUGCAAGCUGCUCAAUAAUAGAGAACGCGCCUACAUACCGCUGCUGGAGGCAGAGCCCAAGCACUUCCUGUGCACCUACAAGACGCACUGCUUCGCCGUUUGCCACUGCUGCGAGUUCGAUGCCUGCGACUGCGAGAUGACCUGCCCCACCAACUGCACCUGCUUCCACGACCAGACCUGGUCGACCAACAUUGUCGAAUGCUCCGGCGCUGGCUACUCCCAGAUGCCGCGCCGUGUGCCCAUGGACACCACCGAGCUCUACAUCGAUGGCAACAAUUUUGUGGAGCUAGCGGGCCACUCGUUCCUUGGCCGCAAGAAUCUGGCCGUGCUCUAUGCCAACAACUCGAACGUGGCGCACAUUUACAACACGACGUUCAGUGGCCUGAAGCGGCUGCUGGUGCUGCAUCUGGAGGACAAUCACAUUGUGUCGCUGGAAGGCAACGAGUUCCACAAUCUGGAGAAUCUGCGCGAGCUCUACUUGCAGUCGAACCGCAUUGCAAGCAUCGCCAAUGGCAGCUUCCAGAUGCUGCGCAAGCUGGAGGUGCUGCGUCUGGAUGGCAACCGCCUGAUGCACUUUGAGGUCUGGCAGCUCGCCUCGAAUCCCUAUCUCGUGGAGAUCAGCCUGGCCGACAACCAGUGGAGCUGCGAGUGCGGCUAUCUGUCCCGCUUCCGCAACUACCUCGCCCAAAGCUCCGAGAAGAUUUUGGACGCCGCUCGAGUCAGCUGCAUCUACAACAAUGCGACGAGCGUGCUGCGCGAGAAGAAUGGCACCAAGUGCACCCUGAGAGAUGGCGUCGCCCACUAUAUGCACACCAAUGAGAUCGAGGGCCUGUUGCCGCUGCUCCUGGUGGCCACCUGCGCCUUCGUCGGCUUCUUUGGCCUCAUCUUUGGACUGUUCUGCUAUCGCCACGAGCUCAAGAUGUGGGCCCACUCGAGCAGCUGCCUGCUGACCUUCUGCUACCGCUCGCCCCGCUUUGUGGACCAACUGGACAAGGAGCGACCGAAUGACGCCUACUUUGCCUACAGCCUGCAGGACGAGCACUUCGUCAACCAGAUCUUGGCCAACACCCUGGAGAGCGACAUCGGCUAUCGGCUAUGCCUGCAUUAUCGAGACGUGAACAUCAAUGCCUACAUUACGGAUGCCCUGAUCGAGGCUGCCGAGAGCGCUAAGCAGUUUGUGUUGGUGCUCUCGAAGAACUUCCUGUACAACGAGUGGACACGCUUCGAGUACAAGAGCGCGCUCCAUGAGCUGGUGAAGCGCCGCAAGCGCGUGGUCUUCAUACUCUACGGCGACUUGCCGCAGCGCGACAUCGAUCUGGACAUGCGGCACUAUCUGCGCACGAGCACCUGCAUCGAGUGGGAUGACAAGAAGUUCUGGCAGAAGCUGCGCCUCGCCUUGCCGCUGCCACAUGGAAGAGGCAACAACAACAAGCGGGUGACUGGCUGCCUGGCCGCACGCAGCUCCUCGGUGAACAUGUAUGCCACGGCCCACGAGUAUCAGGCGGGCGUGGGUGGCGUGCCGGUGCCAGUGCCCGCUGCACGCAUCGCAGAUAAGCUGUACGCGGACUGCAGCAGCAACAACUAUGCCACGAUUAACGAGUGCGGCGCCCGCGGCUACAAGCCCAUACCCACAUCUGCCUCGGCUGCAGCGGCAGCUUGCAAGUUCAAUACGAUGAACCAGUUGACCAAGAAGCAGCGCGAACUCAGUGUAGCUGGCAUGGCCAAAACGCUCGAACACCAUCCGCAUCAGCAGCAGCAGCAGCAGCAACAGCAGCAGCAGCAGCAAUUGCAGCUGCAACAGCAACAUCGACGCAGUCAGCACGAGUAUGCGGUGCCCGCGUACUUGGCCGCUGGCCAGGCGCCCGCCUACGACAGCGUGGACUAUGCCAAGCAGCAGCUGCAGCAGCGCGGCAGCAACUGCGAGUGCAUAGGCACGGCCAAGCGAGCAGCGAAGAGCCAAGCGGUGUCAGCAGCAGCAGCUGCAGCUGGGCUGCCCAGCUCGUUCAGCUCGAACUUUGUGCCGCCCGCCGUCAGCGCUGGCGCCUACAACUGCAAAAAGCCCUGCAACUGCAAUGCCGAUGAUGAGCUGCUUUGCGGCUGCGGGGGAUUGGAGAGCGGCACCCAGAGCAGCGCCACCAUCAGCAGCAGCAGCAACAACAGUCGCCAGCCGGAGCUGACGCACUACGAAUCGAAUUUGAGCCUCAAUGAGCUGGACGAUGGCGGCGCCAGCAAGCCGCUCCAUGAUCUGUGGGCGUAACCUAGCCAAAGCAAGGGAAGGCGUCGCGACCAGUUAGACGAACAACCAGUGAAUUUAUAAGCAAGGCAAACUAACCUAAACUAAAGCUAAAACUAACACUAAAACUACAACUACGACUAAAACUAAACUGAACAACUAAACCUAAAUUAAAAACUAAAUAUAGUCAAGUUUUGGGAAAGAGCAGGAAGGGGACAGAGAGCAUAGCAUACAUUUGGGGGCAGUGGAAGAGACUGAUACUUUUAGUUAUUUGAAUUAAUUAAAACUGACUUAACCUGUACAUAA